CUUUCCUUUUUUCUAUAUUGCCCCUUUCUCUUUUCAACCCAUUUUUCUUUCAUUAAAAGUUUCUUUCUUUCUAUUUUUAUUUUUGGUCAUUUUCUUCUCUUUCUUCUCCACUCCCUUUCUCGCGCUUCCAACACACACCCCAACACACUCAGGUGUCACAAUCAGAGGACAAGGCAGUGAGAAGAGAAAAGAAGGGAAGGGAAGGGAAGGAAGGAAGGAAGGAAGGAAGAAACGAGACUCUACAUGGUUGACAAAAUUUGAUAAAGUUUGUUUCUUUCAAGUUUUGAGCUGUUUCUCUUUCACUAGAGUUGACGGAGGUAGACAGAGAAGAAUAUGAUAAUGGUUGAAAAAGGGUGUAGUCUAGCUAAUUUUGCUUGAAAUUUCCACAAAUGGAAAUUCGGAUCCAUUGUUGUUGACCAGAUCUGACUACCCCAAUUUCAUUUUCACCACCUUUUAACUAGUCCAUGAUUUGCAUAGGUUGAAUUUGUUUCCUCCUUUGGGCUUCUCAGACAUGGGAAAUGGUUUUCUUAAAUCCGUGCUUUGCAUUCCGGGAUCGUUUUCAAUCAGAAAAGGUGAUAAAUUAGUUAAAACGUGACAGGCUGUGAUAUCAGUAGGGUGGGAGGGUAACUUUUUGUACUACAUAGACAAGGAUUUUGAUGGAGGAGAUGUCAACCACGGUUACAGUGCCAUGGAGAGUAGGUAAUUCAGUGUGUGAUAAGCCAACCAUAGCUACCCACAUGGAUGUAUCCAGAAUUAAGCUGAUGGCAGAUGCAGGGUUGUUAUCCAAUUCUAUAACUAAGGUUUCCGAUGAAACUUUUAUAGGUUCAGAUGAGAAUCAUGACAGUGGUUGUCAUGAGGAUGAAAUUGGUAUUACAGCAGUCACAGCUCCAGAACAGCAAAGAGAAGGGGAAAUUCCGAUGUUGGAUAUGAUAUCCCAAAAUAUAAGCUCUCUGGUUGUUGGUGAUGAAGUUUUAACCCCAGAAAUUGAGGAGGAUGAUUUGAUAUCACUGGAAGGUGAUCCAAUUAUUGAUAGCUCUUCACUUUCAGUAGCCAGUGAACAUAGUAGUAUUUGUGGAGAUGAGUUCAUCAGUUCUGAGGUUUCUUCAGAUUUAGGGACAACAAGUUCCAAAGACAUAGGAAAGAGCAUCUCCACUGUCAAAAUUGCAGCCAGGGCUACUGAUUUGAGUAUGUCAAAUGUAGAGGCAGAUGUGGCAGUGAGCCUUGAAGAGACAGGAGUUAGAUCUGGCUCAAAGCCUACUACAGGUGUUUUUCACCAACUAACUCUGGAAAGAUCUGUGAGUGGAACAGUAGGUAGAAGUGUUUUUGAAUUAGAUUGUACCCCACUAUGGGGAUUUACAUCUGUGUGUGGAAAAAGGCCUGAGAUGGAAGAUGCAGUUGCAACUGUUCCUCGAUUUUUGAAAAUUCCUAUUGAAAUGCUAACUGGUGAUAGGUUACCUGAUGGAAUAAACAAAUGUUUCGGUCAGCAGACAAUACAUUUCUUUGGAGUCUAUGAUGGGCAUGGUGGCUCUCAGGUGGCAAAGUAUUGCCGUGAGCGCAUGCAUUUGGCCUUGGCUGAGGAAAUCGAAUCUGUCAAGGAAGGUCUAUUAGUUGAAAAUACCAAGAAUGAUUGUAGAGAUCUGUGGAAAAACACUUUCACCAAUUGUUUUUUGAAGGUUGAUGCUGAAGUUGGGGGGGAAGUUAAUCGUGAGCCUGUUGCCCCAGAAACUGUUGGAUCCACUUCUGUUGUUGCUAUUAUCUGUUCAUCUCAUAUCAUAGUUUCAAACUGUGGUGAUUCAAGAGCGGUUCUGUGUCGUGGCAAAGAACCCAUGGCGCUAUCUGUUGAUCAUAAACCAAAUCGAGAUGAUGAAUAUGCAAGAAUUGAGGCCACUGGAGGCAAGGUGAUACAAUGGAAUGGUCACCGAGUAUUUGGUGUUCUAGCAAUGUCAAGGUCUAUUGGUGAUAGGUAUUUGAAGCCAUGGAUUAUUCCAGACCCCGAGGUGACGUUUCUUCCUCGUGCGAAAGAUGAUGAAUGCCUCAUUCUGGCCAGUGAUGGCCUGUGGGAUGUCAUGACCAACGAAGAGGUGUGUGACAUUGCUCGGCGGCGCAUACUUCUCUGGCACAAGAAAAAUGGCUUGGCAUUGCCCUCAGAAAGGGGAGAGGGAAUUGAUCCUGCUGCACAAGCAGCUGCAGAGUACCUAUCGAACCGUGCUCUUCAGAAAGGAAGCAAAGACAACAUCACUGUAAUUGUGGUGGAUUUGAAAGCUCAAAGAAAAUUUAAGAGCAAGACUUGACUGUUUCUUCAACUGCACCUGGGUGUUGGAAGAUAAUGGAAAGCUGAAUAUGAUCCAAUAUAGUUUUUUUGCCCAUAAAUUUUUCAUGUGGGCAUCAGAAUAGCACCCUGUACAAUACAUCCACCUCUCCCUAGAACUCUCCAACUGAUUAAGAGUCUCCUUGUACACUGCCACAUUGGGGCCAUGUAAAUCUUUGCUGCUUUUGUCGGUAGGUAUAGGAGGUCAGUUCCAUGCCUAUCUGUCACCACCAUAUUGUAUUCAUUAUUAUGCCUCCGAGAACAAAGGCUCUGUGAGGUAUUUACUUCAUAUUGCUUUAACAUGUGUUGUUUAUAAAAAAAGUAGUAGCUAAUUGGCAUUGUGGUUUACAAGUUGUGAUCCACCCCUUCUAAUAAUGUAGCAAAGCAAUUCUCUAUUUGAAGCUUACUCUUGAAAUUUAUGUCGGUGGUGGAUUGAUAUCAUUGGUUAUGACUCAAUUCCAGUGGUUGUACUGCAAUAAUGAUGGUAGGGACAAUUAUGGACAAGGUUGCUUAAGAAAAAUCUCAGCUAUCUUUUUUGUUUGUUU